GUCGCGCGGUCUACCCGGGCUUUUAUGGCCAAGGCCCGUGUCAGGAAGCGCGGCCUCGUCGAGCACACGCGCCACUUCUUCGCCACUUGGUCAGCAGAGUCGCGAGCUCACCUCCAAGACGCCCACAUCAGUGUCAGCCUGCUCUUCGUCGUCGCCGGCGCUCUCAUCGGGGUGACUGCCGCGGCCUUCUCGGACGCAUCGCAGCAGGUCGAGGACUGGCAGCAAGCGUGGGCCGAGAGGGACAUUCGGCUGGCGUGGGUCGUCAUGCCGCUCGGGCUCACGCUCGUGGUCCUCCUCGUGCGGGUCUUCUUCGACGGGACGGCUGGCAGCGGGAUCCCGCUUCUCUCCGUCGGCAUCGAGCUGCAGGACGGAGACCCCAAUUUUGUGCGGGUCUUCUCCCUGCGCAUCCUCUUUGGCAAAAUCCUGCUCACGCUCCUCGCCCAGCUCUGCGGCGCAUCGAGCGGUAGGGAGGGGCCGACGGUGCAGGUGGCAUCCAUCCUGCUCGUCACCACGCUGAGGGUGGGGUACAGGCUGCUGCCGUGGGUGAGGCAGACGCUCGAUCUCCAGAUCGGCGAGGGGCUCGGCACCUAUCGCUCGCUCUACAUGCGCGAGGCGGCCGUCGUCGGCAGUGCGGCCGGCAUCUCGGGCGCCUUCAACACGCCGCUGGGCGGCAUCAUCUUUGCUAUCGAGGAGAUGGGAAACCGGUACACCCACACCCUCGGCCACGUCAUGAUCAUCGCGGUCGCCGUCGCCGGCGCCGUCUCGAUCGCGGUCGAGGGCUACCACGUCAUCUUUGACGGUUUCGACCAGGACCGGGACGACCUGAACGAGUACGAGAUCCUGUGGGUCGUGCCGCUGGUCGCCAUCCCGUCCGGCCUGCUGGGCGGUCUGUGGGCGGUGGGGCUGCUGCUCGGCGUGCACGUCAAGCGGCUGCUGCUGGCGUAUGGCUGCUUUGCCCCGUACGCCAUCUCGCUCGCGUGCGGCCUCGCCCUCGCCGCGACUGGCUUUUGGGCGGGCGGAGAGACGUGGGGGAGCGGCUUCCGGCAGGCUCGCGCGGUGCUUGUCCCCGAGCUUGAGGGGUUCCCCGACGAGGCCGGCCCCCUCGCAGCCGGCGUCCAGCCCUCGCGCCUCUUCUUCCUGCUCAAGGCGGUCGCGACGUGGCUCUCCUUCUGGUCCGGCAUCCCGGGAGGCAUCUUUGCGCCGUCCAUCGCCAUUGGCACCGGCUUCGGAGCCUUCAUGCACGACGUCCUCAUCCAGCCGGCCAUGCGCGGCACGCUCAUCAUGGACACGGGGCCCCACCGGCCGGUCAUCGCCGCCAUCGCCGC